UUCUUCAAAUUUUUCUACAAUGAGUGAACCUCAACUGGGGGAUAGUGCUAAAGAAAAUGACCAACAAAAAUCUGCCGAUUCAAAAAAUGUAGUCAAAACUUCUUCCAACUCACCAGAAAAACAAGACAAAGACAAACCUGUUCAGCAUAAACAAAAUCGUCGGGCAUCAGAAGAUGUUCGACUUCAUUCAAACCGUCAGCGUAUUUACUAUAACCAAAAACAAUUUCAACAACCAUUAUCUGUUGCUGACAAACGCAAUGAUUUUGCAGCAGGUCGAAUGCAAAGUCAGCCUCAGGGCAAUUCCAGUAAUAGAGGAGGUGGACGGCCAUCUGAUAAGUCUAGCCGAUCAUGGCAGCAAAAGACGCGUUCUCUUUCAACAAAUACAGCACCUCCUCCUACAAAAUUAGAAGUACCUGGAGGGCUUAAUGAAGUGUUUAAAAAGGAUCGCAAAGACCAUAGACACAGAAAGUCAGCAACGGAUAUUGGAACGAGUAAUAAUUCUUUGGCAACAAAUGGCGAAAGUUUUGAUUAUGAAGAAAUGGAUCUUGAUGAGCCUUUCUCUGAAUCUGAGGAUGAAAGCGCUGCACGUCGUCGUGCUGCACAAAAACCAUGUUUGGUAAUUCCUCGUGGAAGGAUUCGCUCUCUUUCGGGCACAAUUCCACCAGUCGGUUAUUCGCCUCAUUGGGGUGGGCCAACAAUGUGUCUGAAAUGCCUCCAAUUUUUUCAAUUACCUGAAAUGAUGGAUUCUUUUUCUACUCAUUUAUUAAAUGAGCAUAAAGUCGUUAUUGAUGAUAUGGACAUUAUUGUUGAUUUGAAACGCUAUGUUGAACAUUGGCGACAACAAUUUAAUACUUGUAAAAUUGAAGACGUUUUUCCAAAGAUUAUUCCAGAAGAAGGACAUCCACUACACGGAAAGGUGGAUUUCUACUAUAAAAUGACCGAGGAAGUUAAAGAAGAUUACGGGUUACGUCAACGUCUUGCAAUGCGUCGCUUAGAGGAGGCAUUGGCCUGUCAGCAACGUGAACGUGAAGAUCAUGCUUUUAUGACACAAUUCGAUAUAUUGCAAAAGGAAAUCGAGCUAAAAUUAUUCAUCAUUUGUACACUAUACAUCACUUAAAUUUGG